CUAUACAGUGAGUCUUUGUUUUGUUUUGUUUUGUUUCCUUUGCCAUAUCAGAGAAUUAAUUUGCCUGAGAGAGUGUCUUUAAGAAAAUAACGGGAGCACGGAAAACCCUUAGCACUUUGCCUGAGCAGUGAAAGAAAGAUUGAGCUGUGGGUCACAGAAAUGUCCUUAAAAUGAAACAGACUGCUGAUGUCUAAAUUGCUUUUCUGUGAUGGAACUGCUUGUACUCUAUAUCCUGUUCAUAAUGCAGAUCAAAUAAGAUUAUACUAUUAUUUUUCUUUUGCCGUAGCUCAGGACAGUGGUGAGUUUCAGACUCCUCUAGGUAAGGCCCAGCUUGGCGUAGGGGUUGUGUGUGCACCUGACCUGGGAAUGGGCUUUAUAUUUCUCUCGUGUGCACUCUUCUGUGAGCUGAGGUUCAAAGGCUAACGGCGAGCUUGGCGCUGAGGAGGCCGUGCACGGUGCACUUGGUUGUGUUGGGCUCUGCUGAACACCUCUCCAGACCCUCCGAGGACAGUCCACUCCUGGGCCCUGCCCUGCAGGAGCCAAGCAAGAGCUGAGGCAGCCACUUUUGCAUUUGCAUUCUUUGUGGAAAGAGAGCAAACACGCUACAGUUCUCAUAUAUGCCACUGACUCCAGCCUGGCAGCUUCUAAAAGAGAAGCUCAGCGGAGUUUGUUAACAUGGCCUCACCACUCCUCGUGGCCCCUCUGGACAGCCAGGAGGGUUGGUGGUAGCAUAGCCUCACCGCAAAGGAUGGAGAAACUGAGCCACAGAGAGGCCCAGGCUAGGGUAUCCAGCUCCAGCCUGACAAGGUGAUGGAGAUGGGACCAGCAUCCGCCCUUCCAGAAUCUACCUAAAUUGCCUGUAGAGACCACUCAAAUAAUGAACCAGUAUGUCCUGAGUGCUUACCAUGUGCUGACUACUCUACCAAGCACUGCAGAGAAUGCAGAGGAAAUGUAAGAUACGGUUCUGCCCUCUGAGAAUUUCCAAUCCAGUUGGAUUAUUAUCCUGUCUCCAGCAUAAUCAUGUAUUAAUAAUGUCUUUGAGCUCCAGAUAGCAGUUGUCUCCCUCCUUCCUCCCUUCCUCAUUAGCAGAUGGGCCGUUGGGUGGGCUUCCUUCUCCUCCCAUGCCCCUGCCAUAGUCCUCAGCUUCCUUUCCUGACAAAGAGCCAGUCCUGCAGGGAGAUAUGUUUUACGAGUACAUAGAUAUGUACACACGCACACACUCACACAGAGAUACACACACAGGCCUUCUCAUCCUAACAACCCCUUAAUAAGCACGAUUCUGACCCCUGUGACUUUCUGUUUGCUGGAGGUAGCGCUCCCCCUAUAAGCUGUUCUUUAAAACCUCUUAGCCUUUCUGCGUGUGCUUGGUGUGGUGCAUGAAAAGUCGAUUCUUUGUGUUGCUCCCAUCUAGAGGGGAGGUCAGGAGGUUUAGACCUCUGCGCUGUCUGGUCGGGAGUGGGGAGGGCUCCGAGGGGCCGGGCGGGGGCUGGAGGGGAGCACCAGCAAAUUGAUUCCUGGCACUUUCUCUGCUCCCCUUGGUGAGGGCUGGCCUUGCCUGUAUCGGCCGGGAGACCCAGAAUAGGCUGAGCGGAACUCGCCAGGGCUGCUUGUCAGCGGGGACUGCUCUGUCAGCAGGGAGAGCCAAAAAGGGCCGUUCCACCCCUGAGAGGCGGCAAGGGCUGGGCUGGGCUGGGCAGGUCAGGCCUCAGACACUGGCGGGUGGUGUGAGGGAAGGCUGGUGAGGCGGGGAGAAGCGCGGCUGCCUCCGAACCUCUCCGGCUGAACCUGCCUUGCGUUGCUUCCCCCGGCAGGUGCCCAUUCUGCAUUUAUUCCACCAACCGCCCCGCUGCCAUGGAGUGCCACCUCAAGACCCACUACAAGAUGGAGUACAAGUGCCGGAUCUGCCAGACGGUGAAGGCCAACCAGCUGGAGCUGGAGACGCACACCCGGGAGCACCGCCUGGGCAACCACUACAAGUGCGACCAGUGCGGCUACCUGUCCAAGACCGCCAACAAGCUCAUCGAGCACGUGCGCGUCCACACCGGGGAGCGGCCCUUCCACUGUGACCAGUGCAGCUACAGCUGCAAGCGCAAGGACAAUCUCAACCUGCACAAGAAGCUGAAGCACGCCCCACGCCAGACCUUCAGCUGCGAAGAGUGCCUGUUCAAGACCACACACCCUUUCGUCUUCAGCCGCCACGUCAAGAAGCACCAGAGUGGGGACUGCCCCGAGGAGGACAAGAAGGGCCUGUGUCCAGCCCCCAAGGAACCGGCCGGCCCGGGGGCCCCGCUCCUGGUGGUCGGGAGCUCCCGGAAUCUCCUGUCUCCCCUGUCGGUUAUGUCCGCUUCCCAGGCUCUGCAGACCGUGGCCCUGACAGCAGCCCACGGCAGCAGCUCAGAGCCCAACCUGGCACUCAAGGCUUUGGCCUUCAACGGCUCCCCUUUGCGCUUUGACAAGUACCGGAACUCAGAUUUUGCCCAUCUCAUUCCCUUGACAAUGUUAUACCCCAAGAACCACUUGGAUCUCACAUUCCACCCUCCCCGACCUCAGACUGCGCCUCCCAGCAUCCCCUCACCCAAACACUCCUUCCUCGCCUAUCUGGGACUGAGAGAAAGAGCAGAGACUGUCUGAGGGCAGCCAUGUUCUGUACCAAAAACAAAGAGACAAAAGACAAAAAAAAAACCCACAAAACUUAAACACAACCCCAGCAGGUGUAUGUUGCUGCAAAACCUACAGACCCCCAUGGGUCUGAAACAUGUGUACUGUAUAUCUUUAGUAAGGAAUAGAGAAUUGGCUCUGUGUGUAUACCUAUUGCAUUGACCUGAAAGCUGCUUUAUCCAAUCUUCAGAGAGGUGACCUACUGCAUACUUCUACCUUCAGAGGCAUGCCUCCCCAGCCACCCACUCCCACUCUCAGCCCUUCUCCGUACUUUUCUCUGAAAGGAAUCUUGUCUUGUUAAACCCUAAAGAGAGUGUCCUUAAUAGCAAUCAGCACUUGUAAGCUUAUAUAUUGGUGCAUUUGGUUUUCUGUUGGGUGAAUGUGGUGUGUGGGCGUUUGUGGAUUCUGAAAGAGAAAGCCGUGUGUCGUGUGCCAUGACAUUUCUAUUGCACAUUCUUUGUACUGGCUUCUUUAACAGCGAUGAACGUUCUUUUCCCUCCUGGGUUGUUCAUCCACGACAGUCUCUCCCUGUGCUCCUUCAUCACCUUUCCCUCUCUCUUUGACGGCUACAGAGUGGUAGGGCCUGGUGCUUAGUCGAUGAAGGAAUGGUAGACAUCUACAGUGCUGCUGGAGAUUUCCACCAGAGCGCUGGAGACCUUGUACUCAGAUCUUCUCUGGCGAUGAAGAGGCGAGGAAUCGAGUGACUGAUCUGGAAGAAAUAUCUUGCAGCACUGCAGCAAACAUCACAGAACUUAAGUGUGUUUUGUGUGUGUGCCCACACAUAGACAAAUGUGUACGGUGCACACACACAGUGCAUCAUUUUUUAAGGGCAGAUUAUAUAUAUAUAUAUGAUGUAUUAAUUCAGUGGUUACCAUUUGUUUGCAGGAAAAAGAAAUGUAUGAGUGAAAAAAAUUUAUGGUUGAUAAAUCCAGCCAAGGAGAUUAAAAGGGGUUUGGAUAAAUUCUGGGUAUAAAUGCUCAGACUAAAAAAAAGAAACGGCAGUUUUGCACAGUGCUGUGGUCUUGCACUAGUUUUUGUUUCUCAUCUGAAAAAAGUAGAAAGGAAGAAAAUGUACCUUUUUUUUACGGAAUGAGUAGACUGUAUGUUUGAAGAUUUAGCCACAACCUCUUUGACAUAUAAUGACGCAACAAAAAGGUGCUGUUUAGUCCUAUGGUUCAGUUUAUGCCCCUGACAAGUUUCCAUUGCGUUUUGCCGGUCUUCUGGCUAUAUCGCGGUAUCCUCCAUGUUAUUAGUAAUUCUGUAUUCCAUUUUGUUAACGCCUGGUAGAUGUAACCUGCUAGGAGGCUAACUUUAUACUUAUUUAAAAGCUCUUAUUUUGUGGUCAUUAAAAUGGCAAUUUAUGUGCAGCACUUUAUUGCAGCAGGAAGCAGGUGUGGGUUGGUUGUAAAGCCCUUUGCUAAUCUUAAAAAGUAAUGGGUGAUUUAAAAAGAAAAAAGGAAAAAAUCUUUGGCUGAGUAUGUUCAUUGCUUGUAUUUUUAAAACAACAGAAUUUCCAGUAUGAAACAGGCUGAAAGAGCAGGAAGAAAUGUUCUUUGUAUAAUAAUGGGAAGUUUGGAAUAUAAAAGUUUAUAUAUUUAAUUUAUCUAUUGGAGAACUGGUGUACAGGAGGAACACUUUCUUACUGUGUUGCUGUUUUCCAUCAUGUGUUAUCCUAAGAGUUGGGGUUUUUAAAAAUCUGUUUCACCAGGGGAAAAUAAAAGCAUCCCUAAUGUUCUUCCUCUAGUCAGUUUGCCUUGCUGAAAGCUCCCUGGGAAUUAGUACAGUUCUCCAGGAAGCCCGAAGACUGUACUGUCUGUCCACACCAUGGUCUCCUCAGUCCCCUCCAUGCCAGCCCCUCUCCCCCACACCCAGCAGGUAUGCUACACCUCCCUUUGCCAGUCAUCCCGCCAUGGAUGGGGAGCCUGCUCGGUGCCCUGGCAAAUCUGUUUACACUAAGGAGAUGCCCACAGGGACAGGGAGGCCAAACCAGCUAGGGCGGGAAGCUCCCAAACCCUCAGUCAUUCUCCAGCAGAGACCUUUGCUCUCGGCCGGGUUUGAAACGAUGUUCAACCUCGCCACAUCAAUGUCUCAAUAAAAGACACUAUAGAUAGUUAUGGACAAUACACUCCAAGAAUACUGGGCUUAUGGGUGGGUUGGGUUGUUUUGUUUUCGAGUCAUGUCUUUAUCCCCAUAUAAUGGAGAAUGUGCCACUUGGCUAAUAAUGUGUUUUCAAAAUUACAAGUUCAGUGAUGACAGGAAAGAGGGCUAAACUGAUCCCACAGAGGCUGGUAGAAAAGGUGAAUCACACUCAAGCACCAGCGGGUUAAAACCCUGAAAGGGUGGCCCUGACAAUUCGGACUAUAGGUUUUACAGCAUGCCACUUGUGCAAUAGGAGGUCUUAGGAUUGAAACUUUCAAGAACAAGAGGGGGUGAAAGAAGGAGACGUUUACUGCUCAAAUGCCAUGCAUUUCACUGCUUGCCACUGAACUUGUAUUUGAAUGACUUAGUCAUGCUUAAUAUAAUUGGGCAACUUUUUUAGCACUUUGGAAAGAGUCAUCAAUCUUUCUGGUAAAUUAUAAAAGUUUUCUGAGUGAGAAAAGGUGUGUUUGGAGUUUGUUUGACUUUUUAUAUUAUUAUUGUUAUUAAUAAAGAAAAAAAAUCUACAGCAUUUUUCAGACUCCACCCUAGAAAAUAUGUACCCCUGAAUUUGGUUUGCAGUUUGAUACUCAGGGAAGGAUGUAUUCCAUAGAUAUCCUUUCCGUGUAAAACACUAACAUCUUUGAGAAAUUCACCUACCAACUAACUUCAAUUGUUGUCACUAUGCAUUCUUCAAUGAAAACUAGCUUAUUUUUCCAUAUAGUAAUGCAGUUAGGGUUCUCAGCACUUUCUUUCUUCUAUCCUUUUUUUAACUCUUCAUAUUAUGUUCAGAUGAUCAUACUGUCAAGGUUUGUGUACAUUACUGAAAAUUUGUAUUGUAUAAAGCUUUUUGCAUUACAAGGCUGUACAGGGUCAUUUUGACAGUAACUGGUAUAUUCCUUUGCAUCUUAUGUUGCAUUGCCAAUUUCUAGUGUAUCCAGUUUGAAAGUAUAAUAUACUCUAAUUAAAAAAACAAGUUGGCUAUA